AUGUGUAUUCCCAGAUGGCAAGUGGCUGUCGACACAACAGCGCAGCUUCUUGCUGCUCAGAAGAAGGUCGAGAACCACGAGAAUGAGCUCCGGGAAUCCGUGCUUGCAACGCAGAGAUUGCAGGCGACAAAUGAUGAGCUCACGACCAAGUUGCAGUGCUCCGAGGAGGCUUUGCAGGACGCCAGGGCGAAGGCCUUGCAGCAUGCCUGUGCAGAAGAACAGGUGCAGAUGAAGUACAGCGAGACGGUUGCAGCAGCACAGGCCUUGCAGGAUGCGAACGCGGCAUUGCAGUCCCAGGUGGAAGAGCUUCAGACGCAGGUAGAAGUAAAGCAGCAAAAGCUCACGGCCGUAUCGCAAACCCUGGAGGCCGAAACUGCCGAUGCCGCCGCACAGCUCGUCGCUGCCCGACAGAAGGUCGAGAGCCAUGAGAGUGAGCUCCGGGAAUCUGUGCUCGCAACGGAGAAACUGCAGGCGACAAAUGAUGAGCUCACGACCAAGUUGCAGUGCUCCGAGGAGGCUUUGCAGGACGCCAGGGCGAAGGCCUUGCAGCAUGCCUGUGCAGAAGAACAGGUGCAGAUGAAGUACAGCGAGACGGUUGCAGCAGCACAGGCCUUGCAGGAUGCGAACGCGGCAUUGCAGUCCCAGGUGGAAGAGCUUCAGACGCAGGUAGAAGUAAAGCAGCAAAAGCUCACGGCCGUAUCGCAAACCCUGGAGGCCGAAACUGCCGAUGCCGCCGCACAGCUCGUCGCUGCCCGAAAGAAGGUCGAGAAUCAUGAGAGUGAGCUCCUGGAAUCUGUGCUCGCAACGGAGAAACUGCAGGCGACAAACGACGAGCUCACGACCAAGUUGCAGUGUUCGGAGCAGGCUUUGCAGGACUUGGAGUCACAGAAGCAAGCGGCCGCGGCAGAGCUAGAGAUCUGCUCCACGGCCGUUGCACGUGCCGAAGCGGACAAGAUGGAACUGCAGGCCAAGUUCGCUGAGCUUCGCGGUCAGCUUUUUGCGGCCGUGCAGGCGCAGGAGGCAAGCAAGGAGUUGAUUGAAGCUCUUCGUGGAGAAGUAGCUUCCGCAAGUGUGCUUCCAGAGGUCGAGAAGCUGCAGGAGAGCUUAUGUUCUACUCAGUCGGAGCUUGCAGAUGCAGUGACGGCGAAGGAACGCCUCCAGGCAGACGUCGACAGACUGAAGUUCGCCGAGAUCAAUGCCAAUAUGACCAAAAGCGCCAAGGACAGAGCCGAAGCACAGGUGAAGGAGCUAAAGCUUGACCUGGACCAUUGGCGUCAAAAGGCGCUCAGCUUCCAGAGAGACGAGGACAGAGCAAAGCGGCAAAGCCAGGACAUUUCUAGCUUGGAAGUGGAAGUCAAGGAUUUGCACCAGCAGAAUGCACAGCUCCUGCUCACGUUCCAGCAGUUCAAAACAGAGCUGGACACGGCACUGGCUGAGAACCAUUGCUUGCAGGAGACGAUCGACAUGUACGAGAUGAACCUUCAGCGCGCUACCGACCAGAAAGCUGAGCUUAUGGGGCACAGCAACCCUAAGCAGAAGAUCCGACACAUGGUAAAUUUGAAGGAGGAGAACAAAGAAUUACGCGAGCAGCUAAAGAAGGCGAAGCAACGCAUCACCCAGCUGGGAGUGUCACGCAAAGGAGAGGGUUUGCUUGAAGCCUUGGCCUCCUUCUCGCAUUCGCACAGUGUAGGUGAUCAGUUAUCUGUUUCAGCCAGCCCCUGGGGACCUGAGACGCCCAAUGCAAGAGGUUCAGAAACGCGAACACCCAAGCGUCCGGGGACGCCAACUCGAAAGCCGGCUUCCGCUCGCGGGGCUCGGUCAAAUCCUCACGAGGAGGAGUACCUCGCAGCCCGCAUGGAAGAAGAGCGAAGGCGGCAGAUGCAGGAGCGCACGGUGGAGCGCAUGCAAACAGACUUCCAGCACUUCAUUGCAUUGAUCGAGAGAGCUGUGCUGUCCGAAGAUCGCGUGGAAGAUGCACCGAACCCCGCAGCUUUGCUGGAGCGGCUCCGGGCUGUUGCCAGCAAGCGCGUGGAGAUCGCCACUCGGUCCUCUCGUCCAGACGCCGACGCGCCUCUAGAGCUUGAAAUAGCAUCUGAGUGUGACUUGGGGCUGCAGGUCGGAGAGUGUGGGGACACAGCGUGA